AUGGCUUGUGGUGUUGAGGCCGACGGGUAUUGUGCCACAGAUGGCAGACAAGACCGACUAGCUUUCUGUGCCUUAAAGGAAGAUUCCUGCUUGUAUAACCCGUGUGUAGCACUUGCCACUUGCACGGACAACCCUGCUCCACCUGCUACAUUCGGAGAGUGUAACGUCCUACCAGCUCCUACAAACGGUGCCGUGACUGGUUCUAACUCCUUAGGAGACACAGUCACAUACUCGUGUGACUCAGGAUACAACCUGGUUGGUUCAGCUACACGUACCUGUCAGGCAGACCUGACUUGGACUGCAAGUGACCCGACCUGCGAAGCUGGACAGUGCCCUACCCCGGACGCUCCUACAAACGGUGCCGUGACUGGUUCUAACUCCUUGGGAGACACAGUCACAUACUCGUGUGACUCAGGAUACAACCUGGUUGGUUCAGCUACACGUACCUGUCAGGCAGACCUGACUUGGACUGCAAGUGACCCGACCUGCGAAGCUGGACAGUGUUCCACCCCGCCAGAUCCUACAAACGGUGCCGUGACUGGUUCUAACUCCUUGGGAGACACAGUCACAUACUCGUGUGACUCAGGAUACAACCUGGUUGGUUCAGCUACACGUACCUGUCAGACAGACCUGACUUGGACUGCAAGUGACCCGACCUGCGAAGUUGUACAAUGCCGGGCGCUAACACCCCCAGCAAAUGGUGAGAUGAGUGGUUCCAGGUCUUACCAGGAUGUAAUGCAGUUCACCUGUCACUCCGGUUACGAACGUGUGGGUGCUGCAAGUAUCACGUGUCAAGUCGAUGGCACAUGGAGCGGCAAUGUUCCCAGUUGUGGAGCCGUGCAGUGCCCAAUACUGACAGCUCCUCUGAACGGUGCAAAGACUGGAUCCAAUUUCUAUCCGAACAUGGUACAGUUCUCGUGCAGUUCCGGAUACAACCUUGUAGGAAACUCUGCAUUAACCUGUCAGGCUGAUGCAACCUGGAGCGGAACCGUCCCGACAUGCACACCUGUGGAGUGCCCGCUACUGACAGCUCCUGUAAACGGUGCCAUGUUCGGAUCCAAUUUCUAUCAGGACAUCAUACAGUUCAACUGCAAUCCUGGAUACGAGCUUGAUGGAAGUUCUAACUUAGCAUGCCAAGUCGAUGCCUCGUGGAGUGGGUCUGUUCCAACAUGCGAACGUGUGCAGUGCCCGCCAUUGCCAUCCCCUGUAAAUGGUGCUUCGACUGGCAACAACUUCUACAUGGACACGGUUCACUUCACGUGUAACUUAGGAUAUUAUCUGAUCGGAGAUUCCCUUUCCACCUGUCAAGCGGAUCAGUCUUGGAGCAGAAAUGUCCCUUCGUGCAACGACAUUGAUGAAUGUUCAGCUGCAAAUGGUGGCUGUGACCAUGUAUGUACCAACACAAUGGGUACAUUCCAUUGCUCCUGUGUAACUGGCUACAAUUUGAAUGCAGAUGGUUUUUCCUGUAAUGAUAUUGACGAAUGUAGCAUUGCGAACGGCGGGUGCCAGCAAAAUUGCAACAACUUUAUCGGAAGCUUCCAGUGUUCCUGUGGGACUGGCUACAAUUUAAAUAGCGAUGGUUUUGCCUGUGACGAUGUUGACGAAUGCUCAACUCUGAAUGGCGGCUGUGAGCAGAUAUGUACCAAUACCAUCGGAAGUUUCCAGUGCUCUUGCCAGGAUGGCUAUAGCCUUAACAGCGAUGGAUUCGCUUGUGAUGAUGUCGAUGAGUGUGCUUCAGGAAAUGGCGGCUGUGAGCAGACUUGUACCAAUCAUAUCCCGAGUUUCCAGUGUUUGUGUGAUGUGGGCUACAUCCUGAAUGUUAACGGGUUCACCUGUGACGACAUAAAUGAAUGCUCCACUGCAAAUGGCGGAUGUAACCAGACCUGCACCAACCUCAUCGCCAGUUUUGAGUGUUCUUGUGGAGCUGGCUAUAGUUUAAAUGAUGACGGGGUUUCUUGUGACGAUAUAAACGAAUGCAAUACUGCCAAUGGCGGUUGCUCUCACGUUUGUAACAACACCAUCGGUAGUUUUUCAUGCUUCUGCAGCACGGGAUACAUGCUGAAUGUCGACGGGUUUGCCUGUGACGACAUUGAUGAAUGUGACACUGCAAACGGAGAUUGUGGGCAGUUCUGUAACAACACUGUGGGGAGCUUCAGUUGUUACUGUGCACAUGGGUACAGUCUGGGGUUCUCUCAACAUUCUCCGAAGACAUCUGUCCGCAGUGCUGGUAACACUAACGCAACAAUACCCGACUUGUUUAGUGGAGUGCGGUACUCCAUCUCUGUACUUUCAUUUGGAUUGUGGAAUGACAGCGCGAACGUCAGCAUAGAGUGUAUAACUGGCCUCCCACCUCCUACCAAUAUCACCAUUACUCUGGCUCGCCAAGAUUCAGUCCUAGUCCACUGGUCACAGCCUGUUCGCACGCUGGUGCUCGGGUACAGGGCGUGGCUGACAGACAAGGAAACUAGCUCCAUUAUUUCUUCACGGCAUCUGUCACAGUCAGCUACUUCUGCCAACUUUACUUCUCUGGUUCCUGCCACAGAGUACGUGGUGUCAGUAAGCUGUGUUAGCGCGUUCUUUGAGGGACCUCAAAUAGAAGUACCGUUUGUAACAGACACUGACCCUCCGGUGAGUCUAUUUGUAGACGGCAUACGCUACAACAGUUUGGCCCUGUUUUGGACCCCGCCAGUUGCCAAGCUUACAGGAUACGAGCUCACGUUCGGCAUCACAGAAGGACACAGGAACCGAAGAUCCACGAGUUCUGUCACCCUUCCUGGUAACAGCGAUAACUACCUGAUCCAGGACCUGGUACCUGCCACUCAGUACGUGUUCAGCUUGACAGCGGUCAGUCGUUUUGGGAGAAGCGGAGCAAUAACGUUUACCGGCACUACAGGCACAGAUCCACCAGCUGAUCUGAAAGUUCACAAGGUUUCCUCCACCUGGCUGUAUGUGAAAUGGACUCCACCUGUCGCAGCUGUUGUCUCUUAUCAUCUUGAGGUACUAGAAGCUGCAAGCCAGGAUGAGAUGCACUUCAGUACGACCCCCUCCUUAACUGCUUACAACAUAACGAAGCUCCUCCCAACGACAAAGUACAUCAUCCGGAUUACAGCUGUCAGUAUGUACGGGCGUAGCGUCAACAUUGAGACAUCCGGUAGCACAGACUCUACGCGAGACGUAAAAACAUUUGCUAUGGAGGAAUUAGAAACAACGACGAUGUCUUUUACAACAGUGAACGGAAAUGACAGAGAGGAGCAAAACACUUUAAAAACAACGUUUAGUCUUCUCCAAUCGAUAAAUAGUCUGAAAGAUCACGUCGACCGAUCCUUGAGAGACAAGGCGCCUCCGGAUAAUGUCGUCAGCAUCGUAACAGAAAUCCACGAUCUGGUCCAACUCGACACAUUCCCACUGUCUUCAUCUGACUUUCUUAUUGAACUGGAAGCAGCUGUCGAACUGCUUUGUAAAUCCUCUGAACUCAUAAGAGCUUCUCAGGGCACAACAAUAUCAACCAUGGAGACAAUAAAUGACGUCAUGGUACAAACAGUUUCCCGCCUGGUACAAAUGCUGCCGGUUGGAAAUUUCACCGUUCCUGACACCUCUGAAGGACUUUUUAAAAUGGACGUCAUCGAUGUCAACUCAGCAGAUGUUUCCCCGAAACAACAGCUGAAGGACAUACAAAACAAGCGAACGAAAUUUCAGCUGCAGUUUCGCAAUGCUGGCUUGUGUAUGACGGAAGCCAUGGACAGGGCGGUUAACUCUUUACUGGCCAUGUUGCCAUAUUUAGAGGACUACGUGACGGCAUUUGAAGACGACAAUGCCAUCGUAGUGAUUACAAGAUCCACAACCAAUAUGCACAUUAACAGUAACAACGUGAUACUUCAUUAUGGCCAAGUCAAUGUAUCUGCUUCUGUCACCAACUGUUCGUUUGAUGGCAGUUUAGAUGCUACGAUGGUAGUGAUGGAGAGAAACCUGUUUUCCUGGAACUCAUCCACCUUUGGGCAAAAUGUCACCACACCCAUAGUUAUAUUUUCAUUGGGGGAUCAGCACACCGACAACUGCGGCUUAAAGCUAGAUCUGUCGAUGCCAAUAGCACUUGGACUAACAGAGCAACCGAGGCGUCGACGCAGAGCCGUUUUGGAAGAUGGAUUUGUUGCUACACAGUUCACAAGUCAUGGUGCAGAUGGUCUAAAGAUAAGAAACCUGACGAUGGCGUACCAUGCGUUUGACGUACCGGAUGCUGCGGCUGUGGUUGUGAUGCAGCUGUCGUGGUGGGAUCACGCUGCAGCCUACAGGGUCUUCUUCCGUUACGAUUCACCGCCGACUGAAGAGCUGUAUGACGACAUGAAAAUGGUCAUGGUGGAAGAUGUUGUUCUGGCUUGGCACCGAGAAACAGACAGUUUGCGAACAUGGAUACCUGAUAUCAACCGACGCCGGGGGAAACUGUACGUUGGGAUACAGACACCAGGAAUUCGAACUCGUCAGCAAACUGUCCCUUCAUCUGAGGAUUACGAACUGCGGGCAUCAACAGUUCUCUUGGAUCUUUCCAAUAGUGCAAUCAGAUGUAAUUGCAGCUUCCCCAGACCAAAGGCUGUGAUUGGUGGCAGUGUACACUUUCCUCCAAAUUCUAUUGACUUUGACAGCGUCUUUGGAAACCCUGAGAGCCUGACCAGCAACAUUGUGUUUUACGCGGUUAUCGGCGAGUGGGCUGUCUACCUACUGUUGAUGAUUGUCCUAAAUGUGGACUUUCAGCGUCUUCGAGAAAAGAUGGGACAUGAUUCAACAGCUGCAAACAGAAACGAACAGUUGGCACAAUUGUCCAUCCUUCCACCAGACAGGAUGCCAGCCACAUACCUAUACCAGAUCACCGUUAACACUGGUUCUAUGUUUGUUGCUGGAACCUCGGCACGGAUUGGGCUUCAAGUGUUCGGGUCAAUGGGCAAGACGGCAGUCAAAACGUUGAAUCCUAGGGGAGAGCCAUUGAUCCGGGGUGGGUCGUAUGACUUUAUCAUGCCCAUGAAAAAUCCACUGGGGAAUUUGCAACUACUACAUAUCUGGCACGACAACACUAGUGGUGGUGACGCUGCGUCUUGGUUCCUCAGAGACGUACUUGUAAAGGAUCUGAAGACGGACAUAGUCUUUUCCAAGUCAGAACGACUUUCUUGCUGCUGGGCUAUUGUGAACAGUAUGAUGGUGGCCAGCGCCAUGUGGUACAGGGAUGACAACGUCAAUUCCACCAGCGACAGCAGUUAUAACCUAGGGUUUGUGACAUUCACCUUACAAGUAUUUAUCCUGGCGUUAAUAGCUGCUUUGAUCUGUAACCCGACAACUUCCAAAAAGCAGAGGACAUAUGUUAUCAAAAAAGAAGAACUACGUGUACACCUUUUAGGCCUGAAAGCUUCAAGAAAGGUAUACCCACCUGGAGCAGCCUCCGUACAAAGAAUGAAGAGAAAGAACGAGCAGCGACAAAAGUUCCUCAUGCUGCUGAGAGAGUACAGCCUGCUGUUCCUGUUCGUCGUUGUUCUGUUCUUCAUCAGUCAGCAGGAUAAAGACCCGCUCGCUUUCCACGCGUCACAGACUCUGUCCAGCAGGCUCACAGAAGAUUUCGAUUCGACUACAACUCCCGAUGAUUUCUGGACGUGGAUUGAGGAAGUCAUGUUGCCUGUGUUGUACCCCUCGCUCUGGUAUAACGGGUGGAAGAUGAAGUAUCUAGACCGUCAGUUUCCUCUUUAUACUGAAGCCUUCAGAAUCGGGCCGCCACGUCUUACUCAGACAAGGAAGGCACCGGCUUCAGGUUUGCAGUACUACUUACAUGCUGCACACACAUUGCAUAAUUUUCAGCGCAACCAUUGGAUAGACAAAUACACAAAGCGUCUGGAUCUGGAACUGUCUUUCUACUAUCCCUCUCGUAAACUGUUUAGCAUCUUGAAAAUGACGGUGAUUCAGGAGGAUAUCGGUCAUCUUUCAACAUUUACAGUUGUAGGAACACAAAGACUAUUCCAGUACGAAAACACAUCUGAUUACGGCAUGAUGGCAGCCCACAUUCUCUUCAUAUUGCUGUUUCUGAUUGGUUUAAUCAAAGAAGCCCUUGCUGUCAAGAAGUAUGGGAUGACGUUUUUUGGUUCAAUCUGGAAUCUGAUGACAUCGCUAAGCAUACUGGUAUCUGCAAUUGUAAUAUGUUCCUUUGGAAUAAGGUACCAGUUCGCAUCUGAAGCUCUGGACAAGAUAGUGGAGGCGACAGGUGAACUUGGAAUGGAUACGUUUGUCGACUUGGGACCAUCGUUUUGGUGGGAUGACGCCUUCAAGUACGUGCUCGCCGCCGUGGUGUUUGUUAACACAUUGGCGCUACUCCGCGUGGUCAAGUUUAACAAGACCAUCGCACAUUUCCUGGCUCUACCGGGCGCCAUGAAGAAUGACCUGAUGGGGUUUUCACUUGUGAGCGCCAUAGCUUUUAUGGCCUUCAGCUCUUCAGGGAUGGUUGUAUUUGGGACACACAAGAAGGCCUUCACUUAUUUCAUCCACACCAAUUUCGCGCUGUUCGAGAUGACGCUUGGCAGUUUUGACACAGAAGAGAUAUUGGCAGCAAACCGAUAUGUCGGGCCGGUCUACUUUACUUUCUUCAUGAUUUGUAUCUUCAUAAUUCUCGUUAACUUCCUCGUGACCAUCAUCUGUGAUGCCAUUGCUUCUGGUGACUCCAUUGACGACGACUAUGACCAGGAUCUGGUAGACUACAUCUGGACAAGCUUCAAGGAGAUGUUGGGGAUCCAUUCUUCACCGACAAAUGAUGUAACAGCAGGUGAAGUGAAACUCACCGAGCUGAAAGCAAACUUGCGAACUAUAGAGGACUCUUUAGGCGACAUCUUAGAUGUCACAGAGUGUUUGUGGCCAAAGAUCACAAGUGAAGUGACCUCCUCACACCAUCAAACUGUCACACCACGACAUCACUCUACUACGAUGCGUUCAGACACAUGUCAGAUGAUUCACGAGGAAACUACAUCUCCGACUACACCGGCUGUAUCUGAUGUUCAAGAACAGGCCCGGUGCCUCCUCAAAGCACAUGAAGACGAUACGGCUAGGAUUGAGGAGGUGCAUAACGAAGGCAGACGGCGUGCUGAAGCGAUCCUCAAGACAAAACUAGCAGACAGAAGGAUGAUGUCACGGCUAGAUCAGACCGCCAUGGACACUGCUCAGGAGUUGAUGGAGCAGCACACAGCUGAUGUUGCACGGAUGGAGGAGCGGCAGAAGGGCGCAAGGCGCAUGUUCGAGAACAAACUGAGACAGAAGUUGGCAGCUCGCCGCGUGCAAAAGAAGGACAACGCGAUUUAA